AUGGACAAGCGGGGUGAUGGUGUCGAUCAUGCAACCACUGCUGAAAAUCGGGAGCGGCAGUUGAACGAAGUCACGCUAUUGGAGAGCAUGUAUCCUGAGGAGCUACAAAUCAUCAAACACCCAAAAGGCCUGGAUGACGACCUCGAACUCGAAGUCCGCCUCGGCCCUGCUUACUCGUUGUCCUUCGUCCUUUCGCCCAAAACGUACCCGGUGUCUUCUGGCCCACAAGUGUUUCUCUCUUUUGGAUCCGACGUUCCGAACGACAGCAGAAGGCAGUUGCGCGCUUACUUGCGAGACAUUGUAGACCAGCAGGAGCCCGAUAUAGAGUGCGUCGACCUUAUCAUUGGCGACUUUCGGCAGGCUCUGGACGACUUUAACGCCUCCGCCCGCGAAAGGGACGAGGAGCGCGCUGAGCAUCACUCGACCCGAAGUAUUUCGGAAACUCAAGCUCUUCGCGUGGUUCUAUGGAUGCAUCAUCUGCUAGCUACUAGCAAGCGCCGGGCGAUUGUGCAGCUUUCGAAGGAACUUGGUUUGGGUGGCUUCUCGAAGCCGGGCUAUCCGGGCAGCGUAUUCGUCGAGGGAGAAGCCACUGCCGUACGCACUUUUGUCGACGAACUCAAGUCGAUGCGAUGGCAAGCGAUUCAGGAACGCGCCUCCGUCACCAUCCCAGUCACGUCGCUUGUGCUGCCCUCGGGAAUUCAAGAGGUCCAAGGCCUUGGAGACAUCGCCGAAGGCCUUAAGUCAACCGGAGAUCAAGGAGGAUCUCUGGCUGCUUUCUUCCUGGAGAGCAUGAAAAUCAUCUGA